UGUGUCGUUCUAGAAACUCCAGUCCUGUUAGCUGAGGCAGAAAUUCAGAAACUUCCCACCUGCAGCUUUUCCCACUUCGACAGGAACUCUUCACCUGCGUCGUGACAAUCUGAAAAACUUCAUUCCGGAAUAUUUCUGAAGAUCUCUCUGGAAUUUUAUCUUCUUAUACAGACUUUUUUUUUUCUCCCCUUCCUUAUUACACCCUGUUUCUUAACAUUCCUAAUUACUGAUCACUGAGCUCUGUGUAAUGAUGUAAAUUCAUGUCUGUGUGCUGGACUGACAGGAAGAGUGGUUAUUUUGGACCGGAUACCAGAGCCCACACCAACACAGGGCUUUGUGGUGAGUCAGCAGCUAAAAUCUGCAACAGGACACUACUACAGAAAGAAGCAGCAAGCUGUACAAGAGACUCUUCCAGUGAAAACACACACACUGUCACAGAUAUCGAUGACAAAAUCCUUGCUGUGCUGCCCAAAGUUUCAGAGUUACGAAAACAUUUUGAAACUGAUAUCACAAGUAAUAAUAAAAUGAAAAGAAAAGAGAGGAUUGCACGGAGGCUGGAGGGUAUAGAGACAGAUGUUCCAUCUGCCCUGGCUACAAAUGUGCAAUACACACCAGGCCUGGUGACCAAUCGGCUGUUGGAGGAGGACACGCCACGGUAUACACGUGCUUCAGAUGCUGAUGAGCCAGUGAGGCGUUACAGUCGUGAUGGGCUGGACAACACAGAGAGGCAAUCAAGAGCGCAGACGCAGCCCAAUUCACAAUUUCCUGUGCAUCCUGAUCAGUCUUCCAAACCUGAAAACCCUGACCCGAACAACCUUAGCUCCAAAGCUGAACGAAUAGCUCGCUACAAAGCCGAGCGCCGGCGCCAGUUAUCAGAACGCUACGGGAUCCUCCUUGACCAGGAGUCUGAUCUAGAUUACACGCCACGAUACACACGAGCCCGCAGAGAGCCGCUGGACAAGCAAGCUUUGGCUGAUGGGGGGCAUGAUCAGAAACAGGAACGGUGGAGAGAGGAGAAGGGGCAUGACGGUGCCAACAGGUCAAGAUGCAGUAGCUCGGGUGUUGGCCGGGUCUCCAUGCCCACUGAUGAUUCUGCCUCUUACAAACAUGGGGAAAGAAGAAACACUUUCAGUUCUCGAGAUGAGAGACUGGAUGCAGAGCAAGAGAGCAAAAGGGAGAACCUGGAGGACUCUUGGAGAACACCAGACAGGAAUUCCCGAUCAUCCCCACAAGAAGCUCCACCCACUGUGGAAAAGGGGCCAGCCCAACAGGCCAGAGGUGUUGCUGCAGUGCCUAGGUCCCCCCGGGCAGCACGCCGUGCCUCAUUGCCUUCCACACGUCAUGGAGUCUCCCCAGGAGACCUGUUCAUUGAGCAGCAGGCACAAAACAUCCUCAGCCGACAGGGAAUACGAGGGAGAGAGAGAUGGGCACGGGAAGACGGCUUAGGAAGGGCAUCUGAUUCAGGAUCAGAUGCCUCCUCGGUCCGACAUCUCCCUCAGUCUGGACCUACAAUCCACCUACAGACAUGGACUACAGAAUCCCUGGGUCAACAGCAGAGUUUGAAUAUAGAACCCCUCCAUUAUUUUCGAGCACACAGCGCAGAACCACCACAAUGCCUACGCAUACGGAGUACAGAAUCAACUCGCCAUCAUUUACUCUCGGGUGAACCUCCGUGUGAACCAAAUGUCGAACAUCGGAGGCUUCAGGGGCAUCCGACCACUAUGAGUUGCCAGCCAGACUAUACGCAACUUUCACUCUAUUGCAAGGACCUUCAACAGCCAACUCGAACAUGUAGAAUUCCCCCACAGACUCAUUGUAGAGAUGGAGACUUUGAACAAUUAAUUCCUGAAACUAGAAAUGCCCCACAACCUGAAUUGAAAUGUAUACACCCCAGUCAACCAAUACUUGUGGGCAACACUUCUCACCACCAACCUCUGCUAGAUAAGGUUGGACAUGUGCCUCCAUCAUUCGGACAUACUCCUCAAAUUAUUUCUGGGUACAGUUAUGGUCAGCCUCUACCUCCUGUUCCCACUGAAGAUCUGCAUCCUGCCUAUGGCCAUACUCCACACCAUGGUCCUUCCUACUGGCCUAGCCAGCCAUCUGUUCCAUUUAAUGGGAAUAUUGCAUGUUCUUCACCCAGGCCUUCUAAAUCACCUGGGCCUUCAGACCCUCAGGGCCAUGCAGACAUACCUAGGUUGACACCAAUUGGUAGGGAAGGUGUAGAAACCAGGCGAAGGGCCAGUGCUGAUCAUCUUCCGCUUUUUCAAAGGGAGGGUAGAUCAGCUUCUAGGACUGAUCCACCAUUAGAAUGCUUACUGAGGAGCAGAAAAGCUGUGUUGCCUUCUGAAAUCCGCCGCCAGGAGAGAAAUGUAGAUGAUGCCAUGCAGAGACGCACUGAGGAUGUUUUGGAGCGUAGGAGAAGCAGAAGAAUCAGCCAGUCAGAAGAGAUUGAGCGAGGAGGUGGAGUGAGUUUUAGCCAAUUAGAUGAGGCCGCAGAUAAAGGCAGAAGCAGGGUUGGCAACUUGGAGAUGAGAGAAGGGCAUGAUGAAAGGAGAGUCAGCCCAUUAGGGGAGGAAGGAAGUAAAGGAGAAAACAGGACCAGCCACAUGCAGAACAGAGCAGGCCAAGGUGAUGGGAAAAUUAGUGAGUAUCCAGAAAGAGCAGGACCUGGAAGCAGAAAGAGAAUGCAGGAAGUAAGUGGUGGAUGUGAAAAAAGAGAAGGGAAAGGGAAGUGGGAUGAUUGUCAAAUAAGCAAGUUAGGGCACGUUCAGAAUCAUGGCGAAGGACAGUUUGGUGGGGUUAUAGGGAGGUCAGAGGAGGAGUUACAGAACUUGAAACACGUUGAAGAUCCAUCAAGGCUGGUUGAAAACUGGGUCAGUAAAUUGGAUGAACCACAAGACCUUGAAAAGAGGCAUACUCAAUUUGAGAUAAAAGAUGGACAAAGUAGAGACAGAAUUGCAUCGUUUGAUAAGGUGGAGUGGAAUGAAAACAGAAACUUAAAGGUUAAUGUAGAAAAUGGUGAAGGUCAAAAGAUAAUCCAGAAAGAGACGUUAGAUUUGCAAUGUAGAGAAAGGAGGAUCAGCCAGCCAGAGGAAAGUGAGGCACAUCUCAGACGCAGAAGGCGUUGCCAAUCUGAAGAUGAUUGGAAAGGACGUAGGGUUCGUAGGAUCAGUCAGUCAGGUAACUGGGAUGGCCAAUCAGGGGGUCAAAUGGAGGGAGAUGGGCGAAAGAUAAAUCGGGACAUGCCAGAAGCUAUGGAUAUCGCACCCACACAACAGGAGGGCAGUGACCCAUCUUUGCACCACAGACUGAAUGAAGUAGGCGGUUAUUUACAGAGUGGUUCCUCCCUUCCUCAGUCCCGCCACAGAAGAAGCAGGGAUGACCUCAAGCCAAAAAUCCGGACUCGCUCUAUGUCGGAUAUUGGAGUGGCUCAGCGGUCCUCAGCAAUUCGUUGUCUUGAGCGUGCUGCAAGUCGAGAAUCCAUGAUGACAACAGGGGUGGGGCAGAAUCUCAGGGACCCAGGAACCGCCAAUAGUGAAGUUGGGACAUUGGAUACAAGAGUUUCUGUGGCAAAGCUCAGGCAUUCUUAUCUGGAGAAUGCCUCAGGACGCAGGCCUGAAUUAAGUGAGUCUAAGAUGGACACAACUGUUGUGGAGACUGAUCCAUCAGAGAUUAUUGACCAAGAAAAGGGGCAACAUCGACCGAGACGGUACAUCACCCCUGGUGAUGAUCGCAAGGCCUCUGAAAGGUUCAGAACCCAGCCAGUCACAUCAGCUGAAAGGCUACAGUCUGAUAGGUCUCUGGGGCUCCAAAAGGCAGAAGUGGAUGAAGAGAAGUUGGAUGAGCGAGCAAAGAUGAGUGUAGCUGCCAAGAGGUCCCUCUUCAGGGAGCUUGAAAAAACCGCAGAAAGUUGCGUUCCCAAACCUCGAUCCCGUAACGCAGCAGUGGAGCGGAGACUCAGGCGAACACAGGACCGCUCGAGAACCCAGCCUGUUACCACAGAGGAAGUGGUCAUCGCUGCAACUUCUCCUGCUCCCUCCACCCAAAUCACGACUGUUCAAACCACAGCCCCCAGGUUGCCCAGUCCCACAGUAGUCAGCACCACAGUGACUAACUUCAGCAUGCAGACUCCCUCAGCCCCCAAUUCUGCGCCACAGGAGAAGGCGGCGGCAGUGCCAUCAGGAGAAGUGGGGACUGGAGAAGGGGCGGCGACCGAGGAGCCCGACCUGUCAACGCUGAGCCUGGCAGAGAAAAUGGCUCUGUUUAACCGCCUGUCCCAUCUUCCUUCCCAAAAAGCAGAGGGUGCAUGUGCAGAUUUGCGGCCACGCAGGCAAAAUGCCCGGUUCCAAACCCAGCCCAUCACCCAGGGGGAAGUAAAACGGGAUCUAAUGCAGGCUGUAGCUCCAUCAGGUCACGCACAUCCUAGUCCCAUGCCUGAGGGGUUUGUAGUACCACCCCAUAGCAAUCAACUGCAGAACGGAGGUCUGAAGUUGGAGCCCCUUUCUGCAUCGUUGGUCCGUUCUGUUGCUGCGGUCACUUCCCAGGCUUCUGUUGCCAUGGUGACGAGCCUAUCCAUGGUGAUCCCUGCAGAUGUUCACACGGAGACACGCCCAGCCAUCUCUUGCACUCCUACUCCAGCAGCACAGCCCGAUCUGCUUUUGUCCAAUCAGUCGCCACGCGAUAAGCCUCCGGCUUAUGAGAGGGGUGUUCGAUGUUUCAGCCUGAUGGAGAGUGGGGAAACCUGCCCCCCUGAGAUAUGCUCUCUGCCCCCGUCAGAGGGGCCGAUCCAACCAGCGCAAGGGAAGGGCUUGGCUGCUAGAGUAUCAGCCAAUGAGCAGAAACGGGAGGAGGAUCAUGGGUGUUCGCUUGGUUUGGCAGAAAGAGGAGAACCCAAGCCCCCUCAUGUGAUUAAUCAGCGCACGCAUACACACACUGUUACACACACACUGUCACGCACUCAUGGAGAGAGGGAGGUGGGGCUGACCAACCAGAAGGAGAGGGAGCGUGAUACAGUGAGGCAGGAAGACUUGGAGAGAGGGAAAGACAAGCUCCUCAUCUCACAAGGUUACCUCUCGCCAGACGCUGUUCAGACAGAGCACAGCAAAGUUGUUGCCUCAGAUGUUCCUGAGACUGGUCCCUCAGUGUGUAGCGUGAGCACUGCAGGCGUUUCCUUCCAAAGCUCUUCACGCACUACGACUGCUGCUUCGCACACACUUGCAUACCUGCAGCACAGUCCUCCUUGCACUCUGCCUAAACCCCAGCUGAAGAAAAUUCACCCACACUUCCAAAGCUCUUCUCACAGUUCCCCUCAAACCUCACCUCAGACCCAUCCCAAACCCCAGCCAUACCUCCAGUCUCCUCCACCAGCAGAAGCACAAAUCAACCCAGAAUCCCCUGGGCAGAUACAAACCAAAGUGUCCCCUCAGACAAUCAACCCCACUCAAUCUCAUUCCUACACCCCUCCACAGACUAAAAUCCCACCUCAGACGCAACCUAAGCCCCGGUACAUCAUACCAAAUCAAGCCCAGCCUUCUCCUGUGGCCCAAGAAGAGUCCGAGACAAUGACGUCAAUGUCAAUCAAGGAGAGGUUAGCCUUGUUGAAAAAGAGUGGGGAGGAGGAUUGGAAGAACAGGAUGAACAAGAAGCAGGAAGUUGUGCAGGAAGUGGCAUCAAUGAGCAGCCAAAUAUGGGAGGAUCAAGGCUUCAAGAAGAAGGAAGAAAGGGCUGUUAUUGAGGAGUUUGCCUCAUCUGAGCAGGUUUGGGAGCCUGUUUUUGCUUCCACCUAUUCCCCUCCUCCUUUUCAUUCCACCCAAAAAUGUCAACCUGUAGACCAUGGAUGCCAGAGGCUGGGAGAAAGAGCUGAGGGCCAGAUGUCCAUUGAGGAGCGGAAGCAGAUGAUCUCUACACGGGAGGAGGCAUGGCAAAGCACUGGAAAGGGUGUGGCAAACGACUCUGGCCAGUAUACCGUGGCUGCUCGGAUGGUGAAGAAAGGACUGGCUGCUUCCUCUGCAGUGAUCAGUCCCAUUCUGUCGCCAGUCUCUGCAAAGCUAAAGAAUGGUGUGCCAGCCAUCUCCAAACCACAGGAGGAGAUUGAGGUCACGGCAGAUAUGGAAUCGGACAAGAAACUGGAUAAGCUGGAAACGUUUUUGGGACGUUUGAACAACAAAGUGACUAGUUUGCAGGAGACGACUCUUACAGUGACUGAAAAGGCUGUGAAAGAAGUAAUGAGACUGGACGAUGAAAUCUUUUCCAAGUUCUACCGGUGUGUGGCGGACAUCCCACGCAGCAUGCCGAGAGUGCCGAUCGAUGACGACUUUGAUGCCAUAUUUGGCAAACAUACACCAAUGCUGGCAUCAGCAAUGGUGCACCACAAGAGGACGAUACGUCCUUCACGUAACGUUCAGGCAUCCCGUAACCCAUUGAAGAUUCUGGCAGCGCGAGAGGACAUCAGACAUGAGUACACUGAACAGAGACUCAACAUUGGUGUUCUGGAAAGCAAGAGGCUCAAGCAGGACAAAAUGACUAAGAGCUCCAGCAUUUCAGAUGUUGCUCUGGCUGGUUUGGCUAGCAAGGAGAACUACAGCAGUGUGAGUUUACGCAGCAUCAGCAUGUCUGAGCAGGUGACCAACAACAGUGCUGCUCCCUACAAAAAUCUCAUGCUCAUGCAUGUCAAAGGUCGCCGACAUGUCCAGACGAGACUAGUGGAGCCCAGGGUCUCUUCUUUGAACAGUGGUGAUUGUUUUCUGUUGGUUACGCCUGAGCACUGCUUCGUUUGGAUAGGAGAAUUUGCAAACGUCAUAGAAAGAGCGAAGGCAUCAGAGCUGGCCACUUUCAUCCAGUUGAACCAUGACCUUGGUUGCCGGGCAACGCAAGUGGAGACCAUUGAGGAGGGAGUGAACUUUGAAAGCCCUGCUGCAGCUGAGUUUUGGAAAAUUCUAGGCGGCCCAGCCAGCUACCAGCCGGCUGGUACCCCAGAAGAGGACGAGUUUUUUGAGAACGCAAUUGUAGAGACUAAUUGCAUCUUUCGUCUGGUGGAUGAUAAACUGCUUCCUGAUGAUGAUUUCUGGGGCAAAAUUCCUCGUUGUUCACUCCUGGGCUCCAAAGAGGUGCUGGUGUUUGAUUAUGGCAGUGAGGUGUAUGUGUGGCAUGGUAAAGAAGUCACUCUGGCACAGAGAAAAGUGGCCUUCCAGCUGGCCAAGCACCUCUGGAAUGGUACUUUUGACUACACUAACUGUGACAUCAACCCGCUGGACCCAGGAGGCUGCAAUUCACUCAUACCCAGAAAAGGCCAAGGCCGUCCAGACUGGGCGAUAUUUGGGAGGCUGACUGAACACAACGAGACAUCUUUGUUCAGAGAGAAGUUUCUGGACUGGAGAGAAAUGGUUGACUCGCUACCAAAGAGCAGCAGUGAACAUUCCUUUGAGCAGAAGCCCUCUCAGGGUACAUCGUCACGCUUGGAGUGUGUUGCAUAUGAUGUGGGGCUGAUGCUCCCGGUGCUGCAGUCACCCAUCAGCAUGGUUCUGGAAGGGCAGGACGUUGGUCGCGGUCAUGGCCCUGUGGAUAACGGAUGUUCUGAGGAUCGCCUGCGCUCUCUGGAGAUCAGCACGCUCAGUGUGGAUGUCUGGCACAUCCUGGAAUUCGACUACAGCCGCCUGCCCAAGCAAAGCAUUGGCCAGUUUCAUGAAGGAGAUGCCUAUGUAGUGAAAUGGAAGUACAUGGUGAGCGCAGCAGUGGGCAGCAGGCAGAAGCCGGAGCAGGUUCGCAGUGCUGGUCCAGGGCGAGAGAAGUGCUGCUAUUUCUUCUGGCAAGGCAGGAACUCGACAGUCAGUGAAAAAGGAACCUCUGCAUUGAUGACCAUUGAGCUGGAUGAGGAGAGAGGAGCACAGGUGCAGGUACAACAGGGCAAAGAGCUGCCAUGCUUUCUGCAGUGCUUCAAUGGCGGCAUGAUUGUGCAUUGUGGGAAGAGGGAAGAGGAGGAAGAGAACGUUCAGAAUGAAUGGCGUUUGUAUUGCGUUCGUGGUGAGGUGCCGGUAGAGGGCCAUCUGCUGGAGGUAGCAUGUCACUGCAGUAGUCUGCGCUCUCGGACCUCCAUGAUUCUGCUCAACAUUAACAAAGCCCUCAUCUACCUGUGGCAUGGCUGUAAGACACAAACGCACACCCGUGAGGUGGCAAGCACAGCUGCUGAGAAGAUUAAAGAACAGCGACCAUUGGAGGCAGGCCUGCACAGCAGUUGCAAUGUGAGCAUCCAUGAGUGUGAAGAAGGGGUGGAGCCCGUGGAGUUCUGGGAGGCGUUGGGCAGGAAGGAUCGUAAGGCUUAUGACUGCAUGCUUCAAGAUCCAGGAAAGUUUAACUUCACCCCACGCCUCUUCCAGCUAAGUAGUUCGUCAGGUGAGUUUGUGGCUCAGGAAUUCUUCUACCCAUCCAGAAUUCCAGACCUGGUCAGCGCGUUACCCUUCCUGCAGGAAGACCUGUACACUGCACCACAGCCUGCGCUGUUCCUGGUGGAUAACUAUCAUGAGGUGUACCUGUGGCAGGGCUGGUGGCCACAGGACACAGAAACACCUGGCUCAGCCCGAAUCCGCUGGGAUGCUGACCGGAAAAGUGCCAUGGAGACCGUGCUCCGUUACUGCCGAGAAAAGAAUGAGCAGAAUCCUCAAAAGUCAUAUUUGAUCCAUGCUGGACUGGAGCCUCUUACUUUUACUAACAUGUUCCCCAGCUGGGAGCAUCGUGAGGAUAUCGCAGAGGUUGUGGAACAGGAGGCAGAGAUGUGUAACCAGAUCAUUCCGGUCGAGGAUGUUCUGGCUCGUCUUUGCCAAAGCACUUAUCCCCUUGCAGCACUGCAAAAUCGACCGCUUCCACACGGUGUUGACCCCCUACGCCUUGAAAUCUACCUAUCGGAUGAAGACUUUGAGAAAGCCCUGGAGAUGAAGAGAGAGGAAUAUGAAGCCUUGCCAGGGUGGAAGCAAGUUAACCUAAAAAAAGCCAAAGGACUCUUUUAGUUGCCUCUCAUUAAUGUUGACCAUGGUCUGUUUCUGUCACAGUUAUGGUUCUGUGUGCACUUGAGUAAUGUGAUCACCGUCAUGAAAAUGAUGCCUCCGGGAAUCAGUCACUGACAACAGGGUGAUGUGGGUCAUGUCAAAUGUCACCUUAGGUUUAACAGUAUUUACCUGCUAUGGUGUCUGUCUCUCAUGUUGACUUGUUUUUUGUCUAUGCACUUUCAACAGGCACCACUAUCUGUAAUAUCACAUUUAUAUGAACCGUGCUGUGCAGUAUGUUUCUAUACCAUCUUUGACAACAGCUGUUCUGUUUUCCUCUUAUUAAAGUAAAAGUAGUCAAGUCUGGCUUCACCAUCUUCCAAACUUUUCUUGGGAAAGUGCUGUAUGCUUGAAGAAAAUGUAGCUUAAUUUGUAGCAAGGGGAGUGUACCCUCGAAUUUAAGUUGCUGUUGUAUUUUCCAUCUCAAGUGGAGUUUACAAAUGUGUAAGUUACUUUUACUGUGUGAAUGAACUUUGUCAGGUGAUCUCUCGCAUUAAAGGUCCUUGAGUCAUUAUGCUUGUUAUAACACUAUGGAAGAUGUGGGGAGAAUCAAGUCGAAUUAUUCAAACACUGUAAAUGUACAGCAUAGUGCCUUGCUUUUGUGUACAGUUUAUAUAUAGAAUGGACUUGAAUCUGUAUUUCAAAGACUAACUUUGUGAUAAAGGCAAUGGUAAUAAAGAAUACACUUCA